AUGCCUAUUGCCUUUUUAUACAGAGAAAAUCUUGCAGUGGUAAACGUCUAUUAUGAGACCUUUGCUGUGGAGACAAUUAUGGAACACCUUCAAUAUCCCUGGUCGACCUUCGUCGGUACGUUGGGAGGGAUACUGGGUCUCUACACUGGGCUGUCCUUCAUCUCGAUUCUGGAAGUGAUGGAAUGGAUUUUCAACAUCAUCUUCCAUGGUUGGAGGAAACCUCGGCACGAGGCGAUGGGGCCCAAGCGACGAGUCCUCAUCACCUGGACUGACAAAAAAAGUGAACCGGAGUUCACGGGUCCCCUCGUCUAUACCCUUUCGCCCCUCAAGGAAACUCAGAAUGCUGGUUUCGAUCUUGCCUCUGCUCAGCGACCAUCUUAGAAAGAAAUUUGCACCAUGUACUCGUCACUUGGGGAUACAACCUUUCACACUAUA